AUGGCCGAAUUCUGCACAUCCAUGGGUCCAACGACCGCUGUUGCAGCUGUGGCUUCCUCGGAGAUUUCGUUGAUGGGCGUUACGACACCGACAGCAGCCGGGACUGCCAGCAUGGGACCAGCGACCAUCAGUGCAACUGGACCUUCUGCUAACGACCCGACUGCUGCACCAGCCAACGGCACUUCCUCCUCAGUCCCCUCCACGUCCAAGAAAGGAUUGAGCAGCAGUGCUAAGGCUGGUCUUGGUGCAGGACUUGGCAUCGGCAUACCACUCAUACUCCUAGCAAUUGCUGCUUACACACUCGUAAGAAUGCGUAAGGGGCGUGCAGCUCGUGGACCUUACGACCAGGUCAGAUCGGGCGAGAAAGGCAUGCAUGAAAGUGCCAGCUACAGUAGUCCACGAAUGGAGACUCACCAGCUACAUCCGAUGAGUCCGACAGUACCGUUUCUACCACCUGGUGCUGUACUGGAUGCUAGCUCGCGAGAACAUCAGUACCAUGACCGACCGACGACGGCACACUCACAACACGCCGAAUACAGUGCUGUCGAGCCGGUCUCGGCAGUGAUGCUGAGGUCGCGAGACUUCUUGAGCACACCACAAGAGCCCAUGCCCGGGCAAGUACGACCAGCGACAUCUCGAGAUGUUUCAAGACCAGCAACACCACCUUCGAUCAACACCAGUGUUCGGCCAGCUACUGCGCAAGCUCACUAUGGGUCCGCAGGAAUGGAUGAACCACCAUCACCAAUAUCGCCAGUGUCACCCGCCUCUCCAGCAGGCAGCCGGCCGGCGUCUUUUCUGAAUGAGCGAGAUCACCAUCACGAUUCAUGA